AUGCUCGCUGUCGCAUGCAAACGGUGUGUGGUGCUGUAUCGCUGGGUUGAUGGCGCAUUUUGGGACUGUAAAGUGCAUUCGCUUCCACGUACGCCCAAGACACUCGCUUUGUUUCAAGGUACAUCCCUAUUUGCUGGCUAUGCACAGUAUGAAUAUGUGCGUGUCGCCAUACGGCCAGCACAUGCAUCGAGUGUUGCAUGGCGAACCCCCCCGAGCGAUGCGCUCACUUCUGGCACAUGGACAGACACUGCAGGAUGGGAUACAUAUGCUGUUCCUUUGCCGACAUCAGCAGCUCAAGAAUCGAACUGGUGGAGCCGCUCAUGGCGUCCGUUGGUACUCGCUCUUGAGCACGAUGUCUUGGUCAGCACAAUGCGGCAAGGUGUAUUUGUGGAUGCAUAUGGGCGACCAUCCCGUAAAGAUGUGCUGGAAUGGGAUGCUCCACCAUUGCAUGGCACAACUGCUGCGCCUUAUCUCGUGCUGCACGAGUCUGAUGGCACGCUUGGUGUCUACAUGCAGACGACGUUGCGCCGAGCGCAGAGCGUAAAGCUGCCAUCCGAGGCGGGAGCUGUUCGUUUUAUUGCGGCAGGACCGCAACUUGGAGUGGUUGUUUGCACAUCGGCCUGUGUGGCAAUGCCGAACGAAGUGACGGUGGGCGCAAAAAUGAUUGCCUCGUCGUCUCGUAGCAGUGGCUCCUUGUAUGCGCUAGAACCGAGCCCCGUCAACGACCAACUGGCGGCAUUGACAUCCUCUGGCAACUAUCAUGAGGCACUCGCGCUAUUAGAUGCACUUGACCCAGCUCUAUGGCCACAUGAUAUUCAUAACCAAAGACUGCACAUUCAAGCACUCGUGGGGUUGGCGUCUUUCGUAAAUGGCAAGUUUGAUGUCGCCGUGGACCUGUUCAUCGACACACACAUGAAUCCCACCUAUGUAUUAGCAUUAUACCCAGAAACGAUCUCGGGGCCUCAUGCGCAGCCGCCGUCAUCGUGGGCCACCUUGUUUGAUGCACAAAUACCGUGGGAUCAUGCAGUCGAUGAAACAAAACGAACUUCGUCAGAAGCACUGGAUGCCCUGGCUCGCUAUCUGAGUGACUGUCGGCGUGUCUUACGCCCUAAGACAGCGCACUUAAAGCACACUGUUUGCGUUGAUACCCACUGCAUUGCAGACCUGCCAAUGUGCGCGUGCACACUCGAUAAGAUGAACGAAAAGCAACUCAUGGCUAUGGCGCAGGUGGUUGAUACGGCUCUUUUCCACGUAUUCUUGCAGACAAAACCUGCGCUACUGGGCCCCAUGUGUCGUGUCGAUAACUGGUGUGACGUCGAGCGCGUUCGACCGCAUCUUGAGCAGCGACACAUGUUUGAUGCGCUUGUGUCCUUGUACCGGAGCAAGCAGAUGCAUGCGGCUGCACUUGAACUCCUUCAAUCUCAACGCGAGUACUUUGUUGAUCCCAUCAAAUCGACGAUUGAUUACUUGGAAGCCCUUGGUCCCGAGCAUCUGGACUUGAUUUUGCUGCACGCGCAUUGGGUUCUGGAUAUGGAUCCCGAACAGGGCAUGUGCAUUUUCACGUCCGAGUCUCAUCUUGAGUCGCUCCCCCCGGAACGCAUCGCUCAUGAUCUGGCUUCGUUUCGUCCUCCGCUCUGUCUCACGUACUUGGAAUGCGUGAUGGAGGUUCGGCGUGUUGACCCAUCACUGCACACGCUCCGUGCGUGUCUGUAUUUGGAUGCGUGCCGAGGAGGUGCAUCACAUGCGGCGUUGCUCGAGUUUUUGUGCAAGUCGACACUGUACGAUGUCGACGCUGUAUUGCAUCGCCUGCCUGAUGAGCCGGCGUGGCCUGAAGUCAGGGCUGUGCUUCUCGGUCGUCUUGGCCGUCAUGACGAGGCGUUGCGCUUGUAUCUCGUCGAGCUUCGCGAUAUUGCACGAGCUGAAGCAUAUUGUGUCACAUAUGCGCGUGACACUGAACGCGGCACACUCCUCUCAAAGCUCCUGCGUAUCGCGCGGACGUAUUCGCCACAGCAUUUGCAUCAUGUAUACGCUAUCCUGACGCAGCAUGCGCAGGAUCUAAACUUAGGUGAGGUUCUCGCGCUCCUCCCUCAGAACUUGCCCGUUCAGCACGUGUAUGGACUGCUGGAGCGCGCAUUACAGGCACAAACUAUGGAGCGAUCGAAUGUGCGAGUGAUACGCGCAUUGUGUGAGGCUCAAGUAUCGGCACUCGAUCAAGAUCUGCGUGCGCUGCAGCAACGGCAUGUCCUUGUAACAGAAGGCAGGACAUGCGUGCGAUGCCACCGACGCUUGGGUCAAGCCGUGCUAGCGGUGAUGCCCGCCACUGGAGCGACGAUGCAUUACUAUUGCGCAAUGGAUGAUGCCCGCGGCAAGGGUGGCUAG